AUGAUGAAUGGAAGAAACAGGUAUCCUUUUACUCCUUCUCAAUGGCAAGAGCUUGAACAUCAAGCUCUUAUCUACAAAUACAUGGCUUCUGGUAUCAAUAUUCCACCUGAUCUUCUCUUCACUAUCAAAAGAAGCUACUUGGAAUCUCCUCUCACUACUUCAAGGCUCUCACCUCAUCAGUCUCAACACUUUGGGUGGAACUAUUUGCCAAUGGGAUUAGGGAGAAAAAUAGACCCAGAGCCAGGGAGGUGUAGAAGAACAGAUGGAAAGAAAUGGAGGUGUUCAAAAGAAGCAUAUCCAGAUUCAAAGUACUGUGAGAGACACAUGCAUAGAGGUAAAAACCGUUCAAGAAAGCCUGUGGAAGUUUUGAAAACAACAAACACAGAUUCUGUUUCUGCUGUUGCUGUUGCUACUUCAUCAAUCUUAUCAAUGACUAAAAAUAGCACUAGUCUUGAUACUGAAAAUAACACUGCAGCACUUACCCCAACCUCUCAUCAUGAUAGUACUACUUACCAUUAUCCUCAACCUCAACUCUCUUCUUAUGCUUCUUCUCAUCUUCAACACUCUUUCCUCUACCAUAAUAACCCUCCACCUUCAAGGCCUAGUUUCUCAUUUCAAGACAACAACAGUACUGCUCCCAUGUUUCUUGACAGUACUGGUUCUUCCUCUCACAAUAACAACAACACUGAUUGCAGGAACAGGUAUGUUUAUGGGCUGAGAGAAGAGGUAGAUGAGCAUGCUUUCUUCAAUGAACCAUCUGGAACCAUAAGAAGUUUAUCAGCUUCAUCUAUGGAUGAUCAAUGGCAACUCACACCACUUACUAUAAGCCCAUCUUCCACUUCAAAACAGAGGAGUUGCUCUGGUUUAUCCAAUGAUCAGAAUGAGUACUCUUAUUUACAACUUCAAAGCCUCACUAACAACAUCAACAACAACAACAACAACUCAAAACAAGCACAGCAAGAUCAAAGCUGUUACAUCUCAGGCAGUGAAGAAACAUUCAUGAAAGAUGUGAAAGAAGAACCUCAAAAGAUUUUUCAUCGUUUUUUCGACGAAUGGCCACCGAAAAGCAGCAGAAACUCAUGGCUUGAUUUGGAUGAUAAAUCAUCCACCACUCAGCUUUCAAUUUCCAUUCCAACAUCAUCUCAUGAUUUCACAACUUUCAGUUCCAAUAACCAAACAGAUAGUUGA